AGCGGCAGAGCUGGAAUAAGGGGUGCUAGGGGUAAAGCGAGCUGGCGGAGGGGCGGUAGGAGGGGAAGGACCAGCCGACGGCCCCCAGGCGGAGGGCGGGCUCGCGCGGGGGUCCCGCCUGCUCCUCUGCGCGUCCGCCCCUGUGUUCUUCCCGCAAACCCUCACUACCAGAGACUCAAUUUUGUUGACGGUUGUGGGGUUCAGAGGGUCAGCACGCAGUCCUCCGAAUCCAGGGGCUGCGCAGCGGUCACCAGUGUUGGCACGAGAGGGGUUGGUAGGUCCAGUGUUCGGGAUGCCAAGGGAACCUGUCUGCAUUUGGAGCUGAGCCUGUUAGGGUUCGUGUUCAGCGCACGCUUUUGCUAGGACUGGGGGCUCAGCCAAUGCAGAUCAGUGUUGCUCAGUACUGGGGGUUCACGUUAGAGUUGCAGUGAAAUAUCGGGGACUCGGGGCUCGCGGUUCAGUAGUCACAGAUCGCUGCUGAGAUUCAAGGAUUGACAUCAGAAGGAGCAGGGGGUCAGUUUGGGAUCUGAGAAGGGUUCUGUGCCGCUGAGUUCCUGAGUUUGCAGAAUUUGUUCACGGCCAGGGGAAGUCUGUUAGGGAUCAACUUGUGGUGUGUGAAUUUCAGAACUGGCGGGGACUCACUGUUUAGGUAGCAGCAAGCACCACCAUGCUCAAGGCCGUGAUCCUGAUUGGAGGCCCUCAAAAGGGCACCCGUUUCAGGCCUUUGUCCUUUGAGGUGCCCAAACCCCUGUUUCCUGUGGCCGGAGUCCCCAUGAUUCAACACCAUAUUGAGGCCUGUGCCCAGGUCCCAGGGAUGCAGGAGAUUCUGCUCAUUGGCUUCUACCAACCUGAUGAGGCCCUGACCCAGUUCCUAGAGGCUGCCCAGCAGGAAUUCCACCUUCCGAUCAGGUACCUGCAGGAGUUUGCCCCCCUGGGCACAGGAGGUGGUCUCUACCAUUUCCGGGACCAGAUCCUGGCUGGAGGCCCGGAGGCGUUCUUCGUACUCAAUGCUGAUGUCUGCUCCGACUUCCCCCUGAACGCCAUGUUGGAUGCCCACAGACGCCAGCGCCACCCGUUCUUGCUCCUUGGCACCACGGCCAACAGGACGCAGUCCCUCAACUACGGCUGCAUCGUUGAGAACCCACAGACGCAUGAGGUCCUGCACUAUGUGGAGAAACCCAGCACUUUUAUCAGUGACAUCAUCAACUGUGGCAUCUAUCUCUUCUCCCCGGAAGCCCUGAAGCCGCUUCGGGAUGUCUUCCAGCGUAACCAGCAGGAUGGGCAACUGGAGGAUUCCCCAGGCUCGUGGCCCGGGGCAGGCACCAUCCGCCUGGAGCAGGAUGUGUUCUCAGCGCUGGCAGGGCAGGGCCAGAUCUACGUGCACCUCACCGAGGGCAUCUGGAGCCAGAUCAAGUCUGCGGGCUCAGCCCUCUACGCCUCCCGCCUCUAUCUGGGCCGCUACCAGAUCACUCACCCAGAGAGGCUAGCCAAGCACAGCCCGGGGGGCCCGCGAAUCCGAGGGAACGUUUACAUCCACCCCACAGCGAAGGUGGCCCCCUCGGCCGUGCUGGGCCCCAACGUCUCCAUCGGGAAGGGGGUGACCGUGGGCGAGGGUGUGCGGCUCCGCGAGAGCAUCGUGCUGCACGGAGCCACGCUGCAGGAGCACACGUGUGUCCUACACAGCAUCGUCGGCUGGGGGAGCACCGUGGGGCGCUGGGCUCGUGUGGAGGGGACACCCAAUGACCCCAACCCCAAUGACCCCCGAGCCCGCAUGGACAGCGAGAGCCUCUUCAAGGACGGGAAGCUGCUGCCCGCCAUCACCAUCCUGGGCUGCCGUGUCCGGAUCCCUGCCGAGGUGCUCAUCCUGAACUCGAUCGUUCUGCCACACAAGGAGCUGAGCCGCAGCUUCACCAACCAGAUCAUCCUCUGAGGGGGGCUGCUGCGAGGCCCCCCAGCUCCGACCCGCCCCUUUGGAGGCUGCUGCCUGCUUGGCUGGCGUCUACCCAGAGGGGACACCAGGAAGCCAGACAGGAUCUUCCCAGACCGGGAGCAGUGGGGGUGGCCAGGGCUCCUGGCCUCCCUCCUCACUCCCUAAUAAACCCUGGUGAACCUGGA